UGCAUCCGGUUCAGCGUGAGAGACGCUGCAUCCCGAGUGCGAUCGCAGGGCAUGAAUGACGGUGUGCCGCCUGUGCGGGGCUCUGCCACUCCUGCUGUGUAUACCUGGCACGCCAGCACUUCACUGCAGUUUUAUUAGACAUGUAGCUGUUCGUCUAAAAAAAAAAAAAACUAUCUUCAGAAAGGUUAAAAAAGAAAACAAAAGCACCAUGGCGAACGAACCGGUGAGCUUGUUUUUCAAACUCUACUGCCUGACCGUGAUGACUCUGGUGGCUGCCACCUACACAGUGGCUUUGCGCUUCACACGCACCGUGUCUUCAGACCUGUAUUUCUCCACCACGGCCGUUUGUGUCACCGAGGUCAUCAAGCUGGUUUUGAGCCUGGGGAUGCUGGCUAAGGAAUCUGGGAACUUGAGUAAGCUGAGGAUGUCCAUCGUGCAGCAUGUGUUCCGGAGUCCCAAAGAGCUUCUGCAGCUGAGUGUGCCCUCGGUGGUGUACGCCAUCCAAAACAACAUGGCCUUCGUGGCCCUGAGUAACCUGGAUGCUGCUGUGUACCAGGUGACUUACCAGCUAAAGAUUCCCUGCACUGCCCUGUGCACGGUCCUCAUGCUGAACCGCUCCCUCAACCGGCUGCAGUGGUUCUCCGUCUUCCUGCUUUGCGGGGGGGUCACCCUUGUGCAGUGGAAACCUGCCGAAGCCACCAAAGUGCAGGUUGAGCAGAACCCCUUGCUCGGCUUCUUGGCCAUCGCGGUAGCUGUGCUGUGUUCUGGUUUUGCAGGAGUGUACUUCGAGAAGGUGCUGAAAAGCUCAGAUACGUCCCUCUGGGUGAGAAACAUCCAGAUGUAUCUUUCGGGGAUCGCCGUCACACUGGCGGGCGUCUUCAUCUCGGACGGCAGUGGGGUGCUGCGGAAGGGCUUUUUCUAUGGCUACACGCCCUGGGUGUGCUUCGUCAUCCUGCUGGCCAGCAUGGGCGGUCUCUACACAUCGGUAGUGGUGAAAUACACGGACAACAUCAUGAAGGGCUUCUCCGCUGCUGCCGCCAUCGUCUUGUCCACGGUGGCCUCGGUCCUCCUCUUCGGGUUACAGAUCACCGCCACCUUUGCCAGCGGCGCCAUACUGGUCUGCAUCUCCAUCUACAUGUACGGCCUGCCGAAACAGGACACCAGCAAGCUGGCGCGACCCGAGCAGGACCGCGAGGCCACGCAGAAGCUGCUGGCCGUGUGAGAUCGGAACCACUGCCCCGUGCUUUACUCUCCCCGCCACCCUGGUGCUAGACAGGAGCAAGGAGGUCUCAGCAUAGGAACCUUUGAAGGAGUGUGAGGUGAAAUGGACACACCUUUAUUCACAGGACUUCCAGAAGUAUGUUUUUUUUAUUAUUAUUUGUUUUUAAAUUCCUCUCUCACCAGUGUUAAUUUUAUGUUGCUUGCCUGAGGGCUGAUUUAGGUUUUGUAAUUGGGGGAGACGGUCGACCGUUCCUUGGCUACUGGAAGGUAGAUAAAACAUUCUGGUCGUUCUGAAGUUUCGUGACUGUCAGUUGAGUUGGGGAAGGACGCGUGGAUUUGAUCGUGAACAGUCUCGCGUGGAUGUGCGUCCGCAUAGAGCUCAGAGCAGCGUUUGGGAUGUUGAGGUUCUGAGUCACAAAAGGACACAUCUGCACUUCCUGCGCGGUUUUGGGGAUUUCGUGAUGCUACAUUAAUUACGUGUAAAUUGUUACUGUAACAUUAUCUUUGCCAUUGGAAUCACUGAAGAAGUGGGAGCAUGUUGGACAUGAGGCUGUGAAGCAGCUGAUACCCUGAUCAUCGUGAUGAAUUGUGCCUAAUUGACGAACAAUCUGCCCAUAAAGUAUCAUCCAAUAAAGUAUGAUAUGGUGUUA